AUGGACUGGCGACUGCACACCUUUCUGCCUGCUGCAUCACUGCGCCGCCUGGUUGCCGUGCAGGAUGAUCCGGACGCCGCAAAAGAGGAGGAGCAGCCCAGCAGCCCCGAGGCGGCGCCGCCGCUGCCCCGCCCCGCUGCCGCCGCCGCCGGCAGCACGGCCAAGAAGCGGGCUGCCAAGAAGAAGAAGCAGGCAGCCAAGAAGCGGGGCGGCCGCGGCGGUGGCGAUGCGGACAGCGACGGCAGCGAGGCGGCGGGCGGGGAUGCGACAGCAGCCAAGCGGGAUGAGGAGGACUUGGAUGCUAUCCUGCGGGAGCUCAACUUGCAGCCCUCCACGUCUGCGGCGGCCAGCAGCCAGCAGGCCGCAGCAGGCGCCGCAGCUGCAGGCGGCAGCCGGCCGCUGCUGGCAGUGAACAUGCGGCACCUGAAGGCCGAGGAGGAGUUGAAGCGCAUGUUUGGGUCGCGCGUGGUGGAGGAGGACGACGAGGAGGGCGGCGCGGGCGCGUACGCAAACGCCUCGCGCCGCGUGCGCCGCCUGGCGGCGCGCGGCCUGCUCAAGCGCGCGGCCCUCAAGCCCGGCGCCAUCAUCAUGCCGCACGACACCUGGCCCCGCUUUGACGGCGGCAUCUGUAUGGAGGCGCAGGGCGCCACCCGGGACGGCAAGCUGCAGUUUGGAUACGUCUACUCCCAGGCCUACCAGGCGCGCGCCUCUCUGCCCUGGUGCAGGGGCGCGGGCGCCGCGGUACAGGAGCUGUACGAGGAGGUGCAGGCCACCUUUGACCCCAACAACGUCGCCGCCCUGCUGCAAAGCCACCCGUACCACCUGGACGCGCUGCUGACGAUGCACGACCUGUACCGCAGCACGGGGGAGCAGGCGUACGCAGAGGAGAUGCUGGAGCGGGCGCUGUACGCUCUGGAGAUGGCCUGGCACCCGUCCUUCUCCCCCGCCGCCGCCUCCAUGCACGUGCCUUACGAGGAGCCCAAUGCCCCGCUCUUCACCUGCCUCUUCAGGUACAUGCAGGGCCUGAGCCGGCGCGGGCUGCACCGCACCGCGCUGGAGGUGUGCAAGCUGCUGCUGGCGCUCAACGGCGACGACCCGCUGGGCGCGCUGUGCACCAUCGAUUACCUGGCCCUGAGGGCCGGCAGGUACGAUUUUUUGUACCGCCUGGUCGAGCAGUACGGCGGCGACUCCUCCGCCGCCCUCCUCCCGAACUUUGUGUUCAGCCAGGCACUGGCGCGCUGGUUCCAGGAGCAGGAGGCCUCUUCCGGCGGAAAGGCGCGCGGCGGCGGCGGCGGUAGCGGCGAGGCCGGCGGCGGCAGCGAGCCGCGGCCGCCGUCGCGGGAGCUGCUGGUUCGUGCGGUGCUGCUCUACCCAGAGGCGGUGGUGCGCCUGCAGCGCGUCCUCCAGGGCAAGGGCGUGGGGCGGGACCUGGAUUGGGCGGCGGUGCUGCGCCAGCCGCUGUUUGCGCAGGCGUCGGACGGCGGCAGCGCCAGCCUGGCGCACCUGCUGGACAUCUGGGUGGAGCGCCAGCACCUGCUGUGGAAGGCCCAGCCCAUACAGGACUGGCUGCGGUCCGCUUGCCUGCACGCCGCCACCGCGCCGCCGUCGGAGCUUCCCGACGGGCUGGCCGCCGCCGACUGGGCGUGCGUGCGGGAGCAGGCGUGGCCGGCGGGGACAGAGAACGAGUAUGCGCACCUCAGGCUGCACGACUUUAGCGACGCGGUGGCCAGGCUGCCGGCGGAGGAGAUCCACGGCUGGGGGGGCGUAGGCGGCGGCGGCGUGGAUGUGGCGGCGCUGGAGGCAGAGAUGCGAGCUCUGGCGCAGCAGAUCCAGGAGCGGGGCCCCGACCUGACUGAUGAGGAGAUGCGGCAGCAGAACCCGCUGGCCGCGCUGCUGCGCUCGCUGCUGCCCUGGGCCAACCUGGGGCAAGCGCCCGACUACGAGGCGGAGGACGGCGGCGGCGACGGCGGCGACGGCCAGCAGCAGCAGCAGCAGCAACAGCAGCCUCCCGGCUAG